AUGUGGCUCUCCAAACGUUUCAAAGUUGCCGCUCUUCUUACCAGCUGGGCGGCCAACGCUCUCUGCAGCAGCAGCGACGUCGGCUUCCUCAGUCCCCACAAGAACACGACAUGCUACCCCAAACUAAAUGUUGAGGAGCUUGCAGCACGGUUGUCCCCCCAUGCCGAGAUAUACGAGCCCGGGUCCGAUGGCUUCAUCGAGGGUACGCUACGAUGGUCUGCGUACCAUGCGCCUACUGUUAGCCUCGUUGUUGUGCCGAGGAACGAGGAGGAUGUUGCCGAGACUAUCAAGUUUGCGAACGAGUUCAAGUCUCCGUUCUUUGCCGUCAACACUGGACAUGGCACCAUUACAUCUCAGAGGAAGAUGCGUCGCGGUAUCGAGAUUUGGUUGGAUGAGCUGCGGACUGUCGAUAUCUCAGAAGACGGCAAGACGGCUGUUGUUGGUGGUGGUGCUCUAACGAAGACCGUGGCCGAGACCCUCUUCGCUGCAGGAAAACAAGCUGUCACCGGCUUCUGCGAGUGCGUCGGCCUCCUCGGCGCCAGUCUAGGUGGCGGCCUUAGCAUCCUCCAGGGCAAGCAUGGCCUCGCCAUUGACCAGUUCGUCUCUCUACGCACCGUCCUCGCCGACGGUAGCAUUACUACCAUUGACGAGGACUCGGAACUGUUCUGGGCCAUGAAAGGCGCAGGCCAUAACUUCGGCAUCGUCGUGUCGGCCACCUACAAGAUCCACGACGUAGAGCACCAGAAUUGGGCGUUUACGGCCUUCACGUAUGCCGGGGAGGCUGUCGAGGAUAUCUUCCAGGCACUUAACGAUAACUUCAGGGCAGAUCAGCAGCCAGCUGAUGUUGUGAUUGCGGUGGCAUUCGAACUGCUGCCCCAGGUCGACCCUGAGAACCCGGUUAUCAUCGUUCUCGUCAUUCAGGAAGGCAAGGAUGCCCUCGAUCCCGUCUUCGCCGAGGUCUUCACGAAUCUCAACCCCUUGGCGACUCAAACUGAAAUUAUGCCCUUCGACAAGCUCCCAAUCGUCCUCUACGCCAACCUCGAGGCAGGCCCCUGCCAACGCGUCGGCCUCAACUACUUCCGUCACCCCCAGUCCAUCAAGGAAUACAACGUCGCCUCCCAGCGUGAGCUUUAUGAGCUCUUCACCGACACCAUCCGCGCCGUGCCAGCCCUGAACGGCUCCCAAAUCCUCAUCGACCAUUUCCCUACUCAGGGUGUACAGGCCAUCGCCAGCGAGUCGGCGGCGUACCCACAUCGCGAUAAGAACAUCUACUUUGCGCCGACGAUAGCAUACAUGCCUGACGGACCCGAGCUCGACAAAGAGGCAAUGAAGUUUUCAUCUCGGAUCAGGGAGAUUGUACACAAAGGCACAGGAGAGGACAAGAGGAGCGCUUAUGUCAAUUAUGCAUUCGGGGAUGAGAGCCUGCCGGAACUAUUUGGGGAGCCGUGGCGCAUCGAGCGGCUGCGGGAACUGAAGGAGAAGUACGAUCCCUAUGGAAGGUUCAACUUUUAUGCCCCAAUUGAGUAA